UUGUUGGGGUCUCUAUGUACUAGGCCUCCUGCAGCUUUACUAUUCCCACUCGUAUUAAUGUGGCAUGUGAAAGAGCAGAGAAAUCACUUUCUAAGACCACAAAUGGCCUUGCACUCUCAACAUCCUCAAAUUGCCUUCAGGAGCAAUAAUCAGUGGGAGGAGCAUCAGAACACCAUGCCUGCAGGCUUCUUUGAGCCUGAUGUUCAUCUUCAUUCUUAUUUCUGUGACCAAAAUCUUCAGCUUGAUGCGUUUAUUCAACUUCAGAAUCAGAAGCUCCAAGAAGCCGUGGAGGAGAGCCGAAAGAUACAAUUUAGGUCGCUGGUGAGGAUAAUGGAGCAAGAAGUACAGCGAAAACUUGAAGUAACAGAAACAGAAUUGCAGAAGGCGAAGAGGGUGAAUGCGGAUUUAGAAGAGAAGAUUAAACAAAUGAGUGAAGAAAAUCAAAUGUGGUUCAACAUGGCCAAGAACAAUGAAGCCACAGUUUUCAGUUUAAGGCAGAGCCUUGCGCAGCUUCUUCUGUAUAACAAUCAUGAUAAACCAGCCAAUAUUAACAAUACAAUUGAAGGAUUUGGAGAGACAGCAGAUGAAGAUGAUGAUGCCGCGUCUCCAUUGAUACAACCUGCAAAAAGCAAAGAAUAUUGGGAAGAAAAGAACAAAAAAACAAUAAAAUCUUUUUGCAAGGGCUGCGGAGGAGGUCGAGUGUCGAUUCUAGUAUUGCCUUGCCGCCAUCUCUGCCUCUGCAAAGACUGUGAAUUGCGACUUCAUUGUUGUCCUAUUUGCAAUUCUUUCAAGAAUGCUUCCUUGGAAGUUUUUUUUUCUUGAUUUAUUGUAAUUCAUUGUUUCUUCCGGUUGACUACAUGAAUUAAAUAAAAAUUAUGUAUUAUUUAGAUAA